CAGUUUAUUUAGCUAUAUUAUCCCAUCGCCGUCUAAAUUAAUGAAGUCAUCAAAACCCCAAUGUUUAUAUUUUACCUAAAAUUAUUCGUAUAAAAUCAUUCGCGCUCGCGGUGUCGAUAUAUCAAGGUACACCGAUGGGUACCACCGGACAGCCUUGAGUUUUGUACUGAUGUUAAAUAUACGUUAUACCAUCAAAGUUAUCUCUUCAAUUAGCCUUAAGACGGUCAUUUAAUAACAAUCCCAAGUUCUUUAAUUUUCGUUCCAAACUUUUUUUUUAAGCCAUGUUCGUCCUGCAAAGUUUUUAUAAGAUUUUAGUGGUUCUUGCGGUGGUGAAAGUAUAUGAGCAAGUUCCUUUAAGCCCAAAAGAACAAUUUAAUAAUUUUAAAGACGACUGGGAAUACAAGCGAGAGCCUCAUAAGCUACCGAUGUUAAAUAAAUCAUCAAACCUCUUUCUCGAGCCAUUUUACUCAUUUGUUAAAGAUUUAAAAGUUCAAGGACUAGAUAAUGAUACUCAUAAGUAUAUGCCUUUAACCAGAGAAGCUAGGAUAUCUGGUGAUAUUAUUAGAACAAAAGUGUCCUGUGUAAUGUGCAACUUUGGUGUAAGACUGCUAUAUGAUGAAGUCAAACAGGGAACACCAGACCAAGACAUUAAAGCCAAAUUCCUCUCUAUUUGUGUUACUUUUCAAAUAGCUACUGAGGAAGUGUGCUCUGGCGUGUUUGAUACUUAUGGACCUGAAGUUAAAGCCGUAUUAAAAGUUAUUCAAAUAGGCCCUUCUGAGGUAUGCAAGUUGAUGCUGGGCGAGACAUGUCUUGGUGAGGACGUGCAUAGUCAUGAAUGGUCAUUGGAUCUCCCACCUCAAAAAAGGUCGAUCGCAUCUCGACCCUCACUACCGGAAGGUGGCUUACCAGUAUUUAAAGUAUUGCAGAUCUCAGAUACUCAUUAUGAUUUAGAUUACGCAGAGGGUUCUCCAGCCAACUGUAAAGAGCCACUUUGUUGCCGAGCUUACAGUACCCCAAGGCCUUUAGAAAAACCUUCAUUAGCCGGAAAGUGGGGUUCGUAUGAAAAAUGUGAUGCACCCAAAGCUUUACUGGAGGAUAUGCUCGAGCACAUCGCAUUACAGCAUCCUAAUAUUGAUUAUAUAUUAUGGACAGGCGAUUUACCUCCGCACGAUAUAUGGAACCAAACCAAAGAUUUUAACUUGAAAACCAUUAAUGACACUAUUGAGCUGGUGUCUUCUGCAUUUCCAAACACUCCGAUAUUUCCAGCUAUUGGUAACCAUGAGUCUAGUCCAGCUGGAAAUUUUGCUCCUCCGUGGAUGAAAGAUCCUAAUCAUUCUACCUCUUGGCUCUACAAUGAAAUGGCGGAAAGUUGGAAAAGGUGGUUGCCAGAUAGUGCUUCUGAUACUGUCUACCAUGGAGCUUUUUAUUCUGUAUUGCUUCGACCUGGAUUUAGGUUGAUAUCUGUGAAUACCAACUAUUGCCACUCACUAAGCUGGUGGCUUUUUGUCAAUAGUACCGAUCCUGCCAGUGAGUUAAAAUGGCUCAUACACGAGUUGAGCCAAGCGGAAGAAAAUGAAGAAAAAGUCCAGAUUAUAGGUCAUAUAGCACCUGGAAGCUCAGAUUGCAUGAAGGCAUGGUCAAGCAACUUCUAUGACAUAAUAAACCGAUAUAAGGACACAAUAGUGGGACUGUUUUAUGGACAUAGUCACGCCGAUGAAUUUGAAGUAUUUUAUGAAACUGAGGAGUAUAGUAAGAGAAACUCGUUUCAAAAACGCAUAAGGUGGAGGCUGAAUAAACAUAUUUCCGAACUGAAAUUUACAGGUGAAGCUAUAGCAGUUGCUUAUUUAGCACCAUCUGUCACUAGCUACACUUUCAAUAAUCCAGCUUAUCGCAUUUAUUACAUUGAUGGAGACUAUGAUGGAAGCACUAGGGAGGUAUUGGACCAUGAAACCUGGACUUUCGAUCUGGAAAAAGCCAAUAGGCCUGGUAACAGACCAGAAUGGUACAAAUUGUAUUCUGCUAAAGAUACUUAUCAGAUGUCUAGUCUGAGGCCUGCAGAGUGGAAUAAGUUGCUGGAGGCAAUGGUAACUGAUGAAGACUUAUUCGGUAUUUUUUACAGAAAUUAUUAUAGAAACUCUAUAGAGGCUCCAAUCUGCGAUAAGCAGUGCAAAGCACAAAUAAUAUGUGAUUUAAAGUCAGCCAAGUCGCAGAGUAGACAUCAGCUUUGUCAUGAGUUGGAGAAAGAAAAUAAAUAAAAAAAUAAUUUUAA